AUGAAAGAUCUUGGACAACUCACAUAUUUUUUGGGAUUGGAGGUUCAUCAUCGAUCCAAUGGCAUCUUUUUAAACCAACAAAAGUAUAUUCAAGAUUUAAUCAAAUUGGCAGGUUUAGCUGGAACUACUUCAGUUGAUACUCCUAUGGAAGUAAAUGUUAAGUACAAGAAAGAUGAAGGAGAUCUCUUGCCUAAUCCCACUCAUCGGCGUUUGGUAGGCAGUCUUAUUUAUCUCACCACUACUAGACCUGACAUUUUGUAUGUUGUUCACCAGGUCAGCCAAUUUAUGUCUUCUCCUCGUCGUAUUAUCCGAUAUCUUAAAGGUUCAUCUACACGUGGGUUAUUCUUUCCCAAGGCCUCAUCUUUACAACUUAUGGCAUAUAGUGAUGCUGAUUGGGCAGGAUGUCCAGAUACUCGUAGGUCUACUACCGAAGCAAGAUCGUGUUCUAAAUCUUCUACUGAGGCUGAAUAUCGUUCAAUGCCAGCUGCUUGUGUUGAAGUUGUGUGGUUACGUAGUCUUUUGGACCAUCUUGGGUUUUCCCAACCUACAUCUACACCUCUUCAUGCAGACAAUACAAGUGCUAUUCAGAUUGCUGCAAAUCUAGUAUUUCAUGAACUACCAAGCAUAUUGAUGUGGAUUGUCACUAUAUUCGAGAGGCCUUGA